AUGGCUGCUAUUCCUGCUGAUCAGACAUGGUUUGACACCAUCAAGAAGUCCUUCGCUGAUGUCCCUAUCGGUGCGGAGGAUGGUAUCUCCACCACCGAGUUCCUCGAAGCUGCCGAGUCCUUGGUGACUCUCUUUGAUGUUCUCGGCUCCGCCGCUUUCACCCCUGUUAAGAGUGACUUGCAGGGCAACAUCGAGAAAGUUCGCACUCGCCAAUUGGCCGCCCCUGCCGAGUCCGAGACAUUGCAGGCCCUUGUCGUGAAUGAAUUGAAGACUGGCAAGCACACUGCCACUGAAGGUCUUAUCUGGUUGGUCCGUGGUCUUGACUUUACCGCCCAAGCCCUCCGUCACAACAUCAACAACGCCGACUCUGAGCUCUCCAAGUCUUUCCGUGAAGCUUACGGCGAGACCCUCAAGCCCCACCACUCCUGGGUCAUCAAGCCUAUCUUCAGUGCUGCCAUGUCUGCUACCCCAUACCGGAAGGACUUCUAUGUCAAGCUUGGUCAGGACCAGCCCAAGGUCAACGCCGAGUUAGCCAAGGAGGUCGCUGCCCUGGAGAAGGUGGUCGCUAUCCUGAAGGCCUUCCAGGAGACCCCCGCCGCCAAGUGGAAGUAA